AUGGAUACAUUCUGCCGUAUGAUGUCACCGGAAGGAAAUCGACCAGAGGGUGGGUAUGGGUGGGUAGUGGUAGCCGCAGUGUUUUCUACCUUCGUAAUUCAUAUAGGGAUACAGGGAGCGACCGGGAUAAUCCACAGUGAACUGGUCAAGACCACCUCCGCUGAUCUGGCUGUGAUUGGCUGGAUCGGCUCUUUAAUGACUGGACUUAAUACACUUUCAGCACCACUUGUGUCCAUCCUAACGGAACUGGUACCUUGCAGGUUACUAAUUAUAACCGGAAAUAUAUUGAUUAGUGUGGGGUUCCUCUGCGCAGCCUUUAUCUCUUCAGUUCCGGUGCUGAUUUUGUGCCUGGGGAUUCUUCCAGAAAAACGAUCGGAAAAGAGAUUUUUAAUAACAGAACUAUUUGACUUUAGCCUUUUUAAAUCGCAUAACUUUGUUUUGUUUGUGACGGCUCAUCUUCUGUUCAACACUGGUUAUGCCGCUCCUUUCACAUACUUGCCAAUCAAAGGAGAGGAGGAGGGCUUCUCGGAGCAGUCGUCUGCCCUAUUCAUAACGUCCUUGGGAGCCGGAAGUUCAAUAGCAAGAAUAGCAUUCGGAUGGUUCUCGACGAAGUUUCCUGCACUUCGGACUCGAGCAUAUCUUGGUGUUGUGUUCACAGCGAUCCUGACGUUACUUCCGGUGGCAUUCUCUCGCUCCUAUCCAAUAAUCAUCGCUUGUUCAGCGGUGUUUGGCGCAUGUUCAGGAAUCACCCAUACAGAAAUCCCUUCAGUACUUCUUGGGAUGUUGGGAGUGGACAGGUUUCCUAGCAGUCUUUCUAUAGCAGCUAUGCAGCAGGGAAUCGGGUCCCUUAUAGGAAUUCCACUUGCAGAGAUGAUAUGUCGGAUUGCUGGGGACAACAAUGUUGCCUUUUUCUUCACCUCUAUCAUGUAUGCGAUGGCUUUUAUCCUUAUGGUCUUGUCCUUUUACUUGCCUGAUAAAGCUUUAACAAAAACUGAAGAUCAAAAGUUCGAGUUCAAAAUCACGUUAUUGGAUCUGGAAAUCAACAGACCAGGGGCAGCUUGAUGUUAUGGACAUCUAUGAAUUUUUUAAAUCAUUUACUGUUGCAAUAUGCACAGAUAAAUUAUACUUUCCGGUGUUAGAUACUGAUAUCAACAUUUAAAAUAUUUCAUAAAUACGCAAAACAUAAUAACUGAUUUGCUAUGUAAACAUGUUAUCAGAGUCAAUUUUUAAUUGAAUAGAGAAAGUAUGAAUUUUCUUUUCACACAAAAUUACAAAUUCUAUAGAUAAAAAAACCUAGAAUAGAUACAAAACAAUACAAAACAAAGAAGCUCAUUAGAGGCAUACAUGCUUUUGUAGAGUUGUAGUACAAAAAUGUAUGAUAAAUCGGGUAUGAUAGAAGAUGUUGCAUCUUAGCAGCAAAUUAACAGUUUAAUGGAGGCACUCAUAGUCAUGAAUGAGUUUAAAAGAUCACUGCUGUGCAUUCGUACUCAGGUUUGAAUAAAACCAGGAAAACUAAAGCGGUAAAUAUAUUUUGUUCUAUGUCUGUAUUUAUGAUAAGAGCAAUAUCCUUCGUUACUUUUUGAAAUA